AUGGCGGGCGCCUCUGCGGCCGGGGCCGACCGAGUUGGCCUGUUUUUCCGAGAACUCUUCAGGAUCUCCGAGAACCUCCGCCGGUACUCGUCCCGCCACUGCGCCGAGUUCAAAGGCCGCGAGGCCGACGUCUUCGCCAGGUUCAAGCAAGACGCCAACCUCGAUUGGGCUGAUUUCGUCGGUCGUCUGACCACCGAAGCUAGGGCGCUCCGGCAGCGUAACACCCUCGCCCCCCCACCCCCUAAUACGGUGGGGGCGAUCCAAGUCCCGCACAUCAAGGACGUUGGUCCUGAUUGCGGGGGGUACGGCUUCUUCGAUGGUGGGCCUUCUGCAGGGGGGUCUAGCCCGUCAACAACAGCCAAAACCGUCGUCCGCGAGCACCAAGCGCAAGGCUACUUCCCAGGGUCAACCAGCACGCACCCCCGUUGCCCCAGUCCCGUCCGCUUCCACGGCAGCCACCACACCGCGUUUGCACAGACCGUCGCCGCUUGGAACACUCCCGACAACGAGUGCUUCUACACAUGGUCAGGCACGAACUGCACACGCCCGCGGUGCGAGAAGGGGCACCACCAGCGGCACCCGUCACUCUUGCCUGCCUCGCGAGGUACAGCCACGGAGGCGGCCGGGGAGGAGGAGCAGCGGGAGGGGGAGGAGGUGGAGGGAGCGCGGGAGGAGACCGUGGCGGUACCAACCCGUGACGGUGCGGGCCCCAUUUUCACGAGGCGGGGCCGACAAGUGGGGGUGGCGAGCUUGGCACGGGAGCGAACGCCUUCGCGGACAGCAGAAGGAUAGUAGCGAGCGUGGGAGUUCCCCUUCCCGGGUCGGUGGCACCCACUGUGUUUUACCAAACACAGGGAAAGGAUGGCCGGGGAGGCACGAGCGUCGAGGGGGAGCGGUUGGUCAACGCACUCACCUUCAGGUCUUUGGGAGGUGGUACCAACAAGGUGUAUCAAAGGAUAUGGAACACGUGGAAGGAGGCUCGAGCAGGGGCGGGUUCGGGCCCGUGGCUCCGCGAGAGCGAUGGGGUGGAAAGUGCGCCUCAGAAAUCUGGGUGGACGACUCGGGGCUCGUGCACUCGGAUUUUUGUCUGACAAGAGGAGACCUGGGUUUCUUUUGCGGUCCGGUAAGGGUUGCUUGGGCAGACCGGAGGCAGGCCAGCCGAGUGGAAGUCACGUUCAGAGCGUCAAAAGCAGAUCAAAAACGUUUGGGAGCAACCGUCUAUAGAUCGGGAGUAGCGUUGAAGGUGUUACUCGACCUGUUAGAUCUGCACCCCGAGCUCGGGAGUCAUGCACCGUUGAUGCAAUCGUGGGCACAAGACAGGUGGAAGGUGAUUUCGAGGGUAGAGGCAUCGAGACACCUCAGGUUACUCGUGAGUGCGGCGGGUAGAGACCCACAGAAGUAUGCGUUGCAUUCAGGAAGGAUCGGGGGGGCCACGCAUCUAGCAAGGAUUUUAUGGGGGCGUCGGUGAUUCAGAUCCAGAGAGCCGGGAGGUGGAAAUCGUCGGCUUUUAUGGUGUAUGUUAGGGUGGGGGGUGAAGGAGCAAAGUUGUGUCUCAGGCCCUUACGGAACCCGAGGAGUGACCAGGGAGCGGUUCGGAGGAGUAGGUCAUCGAACAUGCGUAAUGGAGUAAGAUAUGUUUUGGCCAGAAUCCGAAACAAUAG